UUUCUUUUCUUUUGUCUUGUGGAUUUUCUUUUGGCUGUUGUUGUUGGAAAUUUCGAUCCGGUUUUGUUGGUUGUGGCGGCGAUUAGUUCUUUGUACAUAAAAAAAAUGGACGCGGCCGAUGAUUGUGAUUUCGCUGAGAAAGAUCCGUCGGGUCGGUACGUUCGGUAUGAUGAGAUCCUGGGCAAGGGAGCAUUCAAGACUGUUUACAAGGGAUUUGAUGAAGCUGAUGGAAUAGAGGUUGCAUGGAACCAAGUCAGUAUCGAAGAUUUAUUGCAGACACCUGAACAACUGGAAAGAUUAUAUUCUGAGGCUCAUCUUUUGAAGUCAUUGAAACAUGAAAAUAUCAUCAAGUUCUACAGCUCCUGGGUGGAUGAUAAGAACAAGACCAUCAACAUGAUAACAGAGUUGUUUACUUCGGGGAGUUUGAGAUACCGUAAGAAGCAUAAGAAUGUUGACAUGAAGGCCAUCAAGAACUGGACGAGGCAGAUCCUUGGGGGUUUACAUUAUCUGCAUAGUCACAACCCUCCGAUCAUUCAUAGAGAUUUAAAAUGUGAUAAUAUAUUUGUAAAUGGAAAUAAUGGAGAAGUCAAGAUCGGAGAUCUUGGAUUGGCAACUGUCAUGCAGCAGCCCACUGCCCGAAGUGUAAUUGGCACUCCUGAAUUCAUGGCUCCAGAGCUUUAUGAUGAGGAAUAUAACGAGCUUGUUGACUUAUAUUCUUUUGGUCUGUGCAUGUUGGAGAUGGUUACCUGUGAAUAUCCGUAUAAUGAAUGCAAAAAUCCAGCACAAAUAUAUAAGAAAGUUACCUCUGAUAUUAAACCUGCUUCCCUUGCUAAAGUGAAUGAUCCCCAAGUUAAGCAGUUUAUUGAGAAAUGCCUUCUUCCAGCAUCUAUGAGAUUGCCAGCUGUGGAGCUCUUGAAAGAUCCAUUCCUUUUGGUUGAAACUCCCAAGGAAGUUGCCUGUGGUCCACUGCAGUUACCAAAUCUUAUGCCGAAAAUAGUAAACUCAAUCCAGUGUGAACCUCAUCUGAUGGAUGUAGAUCCUAACUGCAAAAGGCUUCUGGCCAAUCCUUCUACAAAAAACAUCAAAGAAACUCCUCAGUUCUCAACUCUUGAGCUACAAUGUUUCACUAAGAAUAAUGAAUUUAGGUUAAAAGGGGAGAAAAAUGAUGAUAAUACAAUUUUAUUGACUUUGCGCAUUGCUGAUCAAUAUGGUAGAGCAAGGAAUAUCCAUUUUUCCUUUUACCGAGAUUCUGAUACUGCUAUUUCAAUUGCUGAGGAGAUGGUUGAACAACUUGAUUUGUCAAAUGAAGAUGUAACUGUCAUUGCAGAGUUGAUUGAUGGCAUGAUCAUGAAGCUUGUACCCUACUGGAAACCUUCGUUUGGAAGCAUUUCAUGCCUACAAGACGGCUUAUGCUGCCCAAGCCGGGCCACUAUUAAGACGGUUGGUGAGCAAAAAGUUUUCUCAGAGUUGGCUGUUGUGAAAUGUCAAGACACCCAAGAGUCUGUCAGUUCAGAUAUAUCAGCUGAAUCUGAUGGAAUGGUGGUGUCAGAUGGGAGUAAUAACAAACCAAUGGGGUCUUCUGGUUACAGUUAUGGUGAGUGCCAUAAAAGUUCAAGCACAUAUGAUUUUGGUUUAGCUAUUGGGGUUUAUAACCAUCUCGGGUGUAAAGAGACCAGUGAUGAGGAAAACCUUAGGGAAUCUGUCCUGAUAAACGACUCCACAAAGAACUCUGAUACAUCCUUAACGGAUUCUUGUUCUUUUGCGUCACAAGAUAUGAGCUUGUCAAGCAUCUGCUCUCUAUCCCUAGCAGAGAAGGAUAAGUUGCAAGAGCUGAAGCUGGAGCUUGAUGCGAUUGGUUCACAGUAUCACCGCUGUUUCCAAGAGCUCAUGAAGAUGAGAGAAGAAGCAGUGGAGAACACCAAAAGAAGAAGGGUAACAAAGAAGAAAGUAUCUGUGAUAUGAUGUACAAGAUUUUCCUUGCCUGCGAUCAAAGUAUCCUCUGCUUCCGUUAGCUUGUUAUAGUUUUUUUUUUGGCUGUGCUGUUGCAUCGGAAGAAAAUCAUGUUUUGACAGAUAUGAUUUUAUUUUAUUGAUUAUUUGAUUUAUCAUAUUGGUUCCUCUUGAUCAUUGAGAUCUUGAUUCUAAAUUGAGCUGUUGGAUAACAAUAGUAUUUUCUUCUCAAAUAUUUGAGUUUCAUUUAUGAGAUUCUUCUGUAUAAAAAUAAU